GCAGGGCGGCGGCGGCGGCGGGGCGAGGGGUCCCGGCGCGCCCCCGCCCACCCGGGGGCCGGGAUUGAGGGAGGCGGCGCCGCGCCCCGGCACAGGUGCGGCCGCUCGGUGCGGAGCGCCGCGGAGCGCCCUCCUCCCGGCGGGGGAUGUGCCGGCCGCCGGGGGCGCGCCGCCCGUGGGAAGCGCGCUGCUAACGCCACCUGGGCGCCGCCGGAGCGCCCGGAGCGGAGAGGAGAGGGCUCGCCGGGAGCGAGGCAGGACCUGAUGGUAGCUUUCCUGCAGUGAUGAGCAAGUGGGAGUAGGAGGGAAAGAGCUCUUCUCGCUGUCCAAGGCCACCAAAAUACCCAUCUUAAUCAGGACAAAGUGUUUGAAAGCAGGGUUGGUAUUGCCCAAUGGAUGUACCUCAGCAAGUUCCAAAGAUCUUGAUGGUUAUGGCAAAAUCUUUCGGCAGUGAGUGGUAUGAUGGGCUACAGGUUGGAUGAUCUACAGUCAUCUGAAACAUGAUAUAUACUUCUCCUCCUCCUUGUCCAUGCCUACAUGCUGACACACUACCAGUUUUGUUUCCAAAAGAGGAGUUCACAGAGCUACACAGUGCCAGAUCCAAGCAGCCGCGUUGAUGUUCUUCACUGGACCAUACUAUGUCAGAGAGCCACAAUGAUCAUGCACAACACCAGUUCAGCCUCGUCCCUGUUUGCAAAUGUGAGCUCCUUCUGGAAGAGAGAUUCCCAUGGACCAGGACUACUUGAUGAAGCAGCAUCGCUCAUUGGCAGCUAUGAUUUCCCUCAGACCACAGAGAGUUUUCCCUUCUCCACUGUGGAAUCAGUAAACACAUCCCUAAAUGCCACAAGCAAAGACCCUCUGGGUGGACAUACAGUCUGGCAAGUAGUUUUGAUUGCUUUCCUCACUGGGAUCCUUGCACUGGUGACCAUCAUAGGAAACAUCCUAGUGAUUGUUGCAUUUAAGGUUAACAAACAACUGAAAACAGUCAACAACUACUUCUUGUUGAGUCUUGCUUGUGCAGAUUUGAUCAUUGGUAUUAUUUCCAUGAAUCUUUUCACCACAUACAUCAUCAUGGACCACUGGGCUUUGGGAAACUUGGCCUGCGAUCUUUGGCUCUCCAUUGACUAUGUCGCCAGUAAUGCCUCUGUCAUGAAUCUCCUUGUCAUAAGUUUUGACAGGUAUUUUUCCAUCACUAGGCCACUUACGUACAGAGCCAAACGAACAACUAAAAGGGCUGGAGUGAUGAUUGGUUUAGCAUGGGUCAUCUCUUUUGUUCUUUGGGCCCCUGCCAUAUUGUUCUGGCAGUAUUUUGUUGGGGAGAGGACUGUGCCUCCUGAUGAAUGUUUUAUCCAGUUUCUAAGUGAACCUAUCAUCACUUUUGGCACUGCCAUAGCUGCCUUUUACUUGCCAGUCACCAUUAUGAGUAUUUUGUAUUGGCGAAUCUACAAGGAGACUGAGAAACGCACCAAAGAGUUAGCAGGGCUACAGGCUUCAGGCAGCGAAGCAGAGGCAGCACGCUUUGUGCACCAGACCGGCAGCUCCCGGAGCUGCAGCAGCUAUGAGCUGCAACGGCAGAGCAUGAAACGUUCCACCCGAAGGAAAUACAGACGCUGCCACUUCUGGCUCACAAUGAAGAGCUGGGAACCCAACACGGACCAGGGGGACCAAGAGCACAGCAGCAGUGACAGCUGGAACAACAACGAUGCUGCUGCCUCCCUUGAAAAUUCAGCCUCCUCCGAUGAAGAAGACAUCGCUGCUGAGACCAGGGCCAUCUAUUCGAUCGUGUUGAAGCUUCCUGGUCACAGCGCCAUCCUCAAUUCCACAAAACUGCCAUCCUCAGAAGAUCUGAAUGAGUCAGGGGAUGAACUGCAGAAAUCUGACACAGAGUCGCAGGAAAAGAAAUCUAAAAAAUUGCACCCUUCCAAAAGCGUUCAGGAUGGUGGAAGUUUCCAGAAGAGCUUUUCAAAGCUUCCAAUUCAGCCAGGGUCAGCAGAGACAGCUGCAGCUUCUGAUGGCAUCUCAUCAGUGACCAAGACAUCUGCAGCCCUGCCCUUGUCCUUCAAGGAGGCAACCCUGGCAAAAAAGUUUGCCUUGAAAACCAGAAGUCAGAUCACAAAGAGAAAACGAAUGUCACUUAUCAAAGAAAAGAAAGCGGCACAGACACUCAGUGCCAUUUUGUUUGCCUUCAUCAUUACCUGGACCCCAUAUAACAUCAUGGUUCUGGUGAACACCUUUUGCAGCUGUAUCCCCAAAACUGUAUGGAACCUGGGGUACUGGCUUUGCUACAUCAAUAGCACGGUGAACCCUGUGUGCUAUGCACUGUGUAACAAAACAUUCAGAAACACUUUCAAGAUGUUACUGCUGUGCCAGUGUGACAAACGAAAACGACGCAAACAGCAGUAUCAGCAAAGGCAGUCUGUCAUUUUUCAUAAGCGGAUCCCUAGGGAGGCUUCAUAGAAUAGUAUUUUUUAAACACCUUCAAAAAUAAUGGAGGAUGGGACUGGAUGGAAUGAGAUGGAAUGGGAAGGGACGGGAUAAGAUGGGACGGGAUGGGAUGGGACGGGAUGGGACAGGAUGGGAGGGGAUGGGAUUGGGAUGGGGUGGGAGGGUGGUUCCAGGGUGCUGAUUUAAACAUUUAAACAUCAAGACAUGAAAGCAGCUGCCAGGCUUAUGUAUCCUUUUAAUAAAUCCACUUUAAUAUAAAAACCAAGUCUGCAUUCAGCAAAAACUAACAAACUUCAGUGUUUUUACUAAGGAACGAAAGACUUAAUAAAGUUUUCCUACAAAUUUGCAAGAAGCUGUAUAGCAAUUAUAAACCCAUUACUGAUCUGCCCAGCUCUUUGAUUGUAAUCAACUCUGGGAUCUCAGGUAAGCACAUCUAGCUAGCCCAACUCUUCUGUUUCUAAGGAAUCCAACAACUUUUAAUUCCAGUCACACACAGAUGUAGCAAGCUAGCAAAACAGGAUUAUGAAAUUAUUUGAGACACUGUAUAGGUUGCAAAACUGCUUCUUGUUGUCCAGGUGGAGCUUCCUGUCUACUUCUCUUUUGGUGUAUUGUUAAUUGUACCCCUGAUUGCCAAGUAUCUACGUGUGCAGCUCAUGUUAUAUAUAUGUGUGUGUGAGUGUGUAUGUAUGCAAAACAUACAUUCACACCUCUACAAUACACACAUACCAGGAAAGAGGUGAUCUAUUGGUCUAGGUUUUACAGGGCCCCACAUCACUGUUGCACAUAAGUGAAAUUUUAAAAAAAGGAAUAUCAGAAAGUCUUAUAAAUACUUAUCUCAUUGUUCACCACCUGAAAUUCAGGUUUAUCUUUGCAACCAAAACACACUGUCCACAUUUCAAAUCGAGAGAACCAAAGCGUAGCCUGUGAGUCUGACAGUCUACUGAGUUAUAUAUCAGGGCACGUGCCCAGUACAACCUUUGUCUUGAGCACAAUAUCUCUCCCCAGAGUGAUCAGACCUCUUUAAAGGAUAUGAGGUGAAAGGAGUUGAAGCUUACCUUGACGGCUCUGCCCUCAACAUAGGGUGUGGGAUGGCAAGAGAUCACACCUGGGCCACCUAUAGUCAAAGGUUCAGGAGCCAGAAGGAUGUGGCCAUGAGCAGCAGCUCCAUUUCUUGCUCACCCCCAGGUGAUCUUCAGACGCAAAAGAUGUAUGUAAAAGAAAUCCUUUAUUUUUGUACAUUAAGGACACUCACUAUAAAGUGUUUCUUUUCCAGAAUGUGUUUGAAAAAUCAUCAGUAGAAGCGUACCUAAAUCUGUUUAUUGCCAGGUUAUUUGGUGUUUCAAAAAUGUGAGUAUUGCCAAUUUGUAACCUGGUAAUUUUUAAUAGAGAAAAUUUAAAAAGGGCUUUCAUAUUUAUAGCUUAGACAUGACCAGUAUUUCCUGGUAUUUGUGAUGUGGUCUGCACCAAACAUAGUGUGAUUUAUAAAAGUCAGAGAUCCCCCGGGGAAAGGAUUGUACUUUAAACUAUUGUUCUAAAUCUGAUUUAGUUAUAUGUUGAAAGAUAAUUUUGUAUUCUUCUUUGAACUGACCAAAACUUUUUUUUUAUUGCUUAAACUCUUGUUUUGCUGAAAAUAAAACAAAUAUCUUCUUUUACAAAGGGGCAUCAGUGUUGUGAACACAGAACUGAUGUAAAAGCUGCUUUUGUAUUCAGUGUGAGAUGGUGUUUACAGAUGAUUUUGACAACAGUGGAAAUAUAUUAAAUGGUGUCUGUGUAUCUGAACUAUUUAAUUUUGUGUUACGUUCAUAUGGAGAAAUAUUUAUACAUACUUCACCAAAUGUUUUAUUUAAUGUUGAUAAAUAUUGCUCUUCGGUCUUCAGCUGUAGUGUCCUUUUAAAGUGAUUCAUAAAGGUCUGCUUGAGAAAUGAAUAGAGUAUACCUAGCUUUCUUGUCACUAAAACAAAUGCUCUUGACAUACAAAUCUUUCUUUCAUAUGAGUUGUUUAAAGUGUCUACCUAAAAGUAAGCUUGUAAAUGAUAUUGUAAGUCUACUUCAAUACAAGUUCAAUAUAAAACAAGAAAAAAAAAAAAAAAAAAAAAAAAAGUUAAAGCUUCAUCUAUAUGUCAUGAGUGCAUUUUGAGCUAAAGAUUUGGUUUACCAGUUUGGUGGACACAUACAGCCAAAGACUUGCAAGGCACCCACACUGCAAAGAAAAUGAAAGACCUUUAUUUAUAGAAAGAAGCAUAUAUUUGAAAUGUAUUCAUUACUCAAGUUGACCUAACUAAUCUUUUAACAUUUAACUAUAUACCUAUAUCUAUAUAUAUUGCCAUAUUAUUAUCUUCUGAUAUUUAGAGUAGUGCUGUGCCCCUAAUACACAAAAUGUGAGAGCAUGUAAGGAAGCCAGAGUUCAUCAGGGGGAUUUAUGUUAUAUUAGUAUUGAUUUUACAAUGGGAAACUAUUAAUUUUUAAUGAAGUAAAGCUUCUUUGAAAGCAGCUGUCACCACUGUUUACAUAAUAGAAGAGUUAAACCCUUGGACUGUUAUAAGAGAGAAAUAAACAACCUGUCAUUUGAUGUGUGAACAGGCUUUAAAAUGUUAUUGCAGGCAUCAUAAAUUGUGUAUGUAUACACGUUGUAGCACAGAUCAAUUUUGUUACUAUUUAUUUAAUGGAAUAUGCACUAUAAAAUAUUAAGAAUUUGGCUGUUGCAAGUACAGUGGGGAUCAAAUUAAUUUGUAUCCUCUAUGUCUACGUGUUUGCAUUAAACCCAUGCACACACACAAAUUGUAACUAUAGGCACGAGAGGAUGUAUUAUUUAUUAACAUAGGCACACGCACAUGGUAGGUUUCAGAAGAACAAUGCAAGACCCAAAGAUACAAUCUGACACAGGUCUACUUUUAAAAGAUAGAAGUUAUGUAAAAUUUGCAGGAAAAUUAAGUCAGAAACAUGAUAGAAAGUGUCAGUCUGAGGGCAAACAGCUCAGUCCCAUAACCAUUCCUCACAUGAAAAGCUGACUUUCAAAGACCAGGCAUCAUCCCCAUUUGCUGCAAUAAUACAAGAUCAGAUUCAAUAUGAAGAAGAUCAAAAAAUCAGAGGAGAUAGCCAGACAGGAGCCACUGGAUUGUCUGCAGCAAGCUUUGUAGAAUAGACCCCAAUUGCUGUCAACCGCCAAACAGCUCUAAGACAACAAAGUCCAUUGUUAUAUGGAUGCAAAAUUGUAUGACAAUUGCUUCAAUACCAGUAGAGGCUGUGAGAUCUCUGUCUGAUCCAGAGAGCCAAGGACAGGUGUCAUGGUGCACUAAGUGCUUUAUCCUGCCACAGCACAACAUGCUUCCUAUAAUUUAAUCUGCAGAGCAGUUGGUCACUGUUCUAAAGUUAAACAAGUACAGAAAGGCCUGAGCAGUUCCCCAGGUUUGAACACCUGAAUCUAUAUAGACUGAACAACAAGUGACCUGCAGAAAUGUACAGUUUUGUGAGGAUACCCACGCCAAUGUUGUGAGGCAGCUGAUGACCUUCCUCAAUUAUGUACAAUUUCAUUUUCUUACUUGGUUGUCUUGAUUUUUAUAUUUCUUUACUUCUUCUGUAAGAAUAUCCUGAAACAUCUCGGCUCAGUAUCAACCUUGUGUAUAUAAAAAGUGAAUGGAACUCUGCCAGUACACUCAGUUUGCUUGUAUGGAAUACAAACAUCAAAAGAAAAA